AUGACCAGUAGUCAAGACGAAGACAAAAGAAGCAUAGAAAAAGAAGAAAGUAACCAAAGAUAUAAAGUAGACUCAGUAAUUUUAUCAAAGAAAAAAUCAGUACUCAACCAUUCAUCUAAAAUGAAACUUAAACACAGUAAAUUGAAUGUGAGUCAAAAUGAAAAGAAUUCCAAAACCACCCUAAAACACCAGAAAGGAGAAGUUAACUCUAAAACACAUCAAAUAUCAGUUGACAGAAAAGCCUCAAAAGCCCCGUCUGAAGCUCAUGUAGGAUUGGAUACUGAUAAAUUACAGAGCUCACUCAACUACUUUCAGAAAAAUUUUGAACAAAUAUCAGAAAUAUUGGCUUCCUGGGACCGGAAAGCAGAGAAUCUUGUUGAUUUGAAAUCUGGAAGCAGGUCUGAAAGUUCAGUUCAGGGCAAAAUAAAAUCUCUGAAAGAAAAAGAGAAGGAAACAUUGAAGGAUGAACUGGGCCAAAUCUCAGAGAUGACUAGUGAUCAGAAGUUUAGUACUAUAGGAGUUCCACACAUCAUUGUUCCUUCUUACUUGCCCCUUCACAUUCUUCAUAGUCUUUUGUUUUCUUCAGGAAUGCUUCCAUCUGUAGAGGAAGUGUUACAGUCUUUGAAUAUAUCUCCAAAUAAUCCUUCUUUUCCAAGAUCUACCACGUUUACUGUGUUGUCCAUUCCUCCAGAGGAAACAAUUCUUGAGUAUAAUGACACAUUUUUCUUUGUGGCUCCUCCAGUUGAAGAUGAAUAUGAUAACAAAGAAAAAGACAUAAAUUUACAAGCCACAGACUGGAGAUCAAGCCCUCAGCAUCAAAAAGCUACCUCCAAAAAAGAUAAGUCCAAGGCUUUGCACAUUAGACAACCUAGUGUUAUGCCUAGGGCUGGAAAAGACUUGAGUGUUUUACACACAUUUCCAGAUUGGGUGUCACAGGAAGAUCAUGAUGAACCAAGGAAACAGUCUACACACAGAUGGGUAUUAUACCCCAAUACAGAAUUAACUCUUAUUGUGGGAUUCCAAUCUGACACUACUGGGAGUUUCCAGAAGACUUUUCACCUGGAACUGAUAGGAAUUCAAGGUGUAUUUCAGAUAGAUUGUCAUGGAACCGCAUGUUUUCCUUCAAUAUAUGUAGAAAUCUUCUCCCAUGCUAGCAAGAGCACAGUUCAACAAACAUAUAAAGAUUCUUCUAAGUGUUUUGACUUUGGCCCAUUGUUCACUUUACCAUUUUUAGAAGGAGUUAGCAAGGAAACAGAAUAUCCUGGUAAUAGUUCAACUCUCACAUUCAAGAGUAGUAGUUUAAGUGAUGUAGAAGUGCAUUUUUUCAUCAGUAAAAAGGAAGGAUGUGAAACAUUCUCUAUUUCUCCAAAUCAAAUUGUUAUAUUCUCCAAACCUACUUAUGUAAGAGUAGAUGCAAGACCUCACUUUGCAGGUUUGCAUGAAGCUAACAUUGUGUGUUGUGUGAAAAAAAACCCUGAACCUCUAAUACUCAGAGUUUCAUGUUUAGGUAUUUCUCCAGAACUAGCCCUGGACAAGAAAGUUAUUACAUUUGAAAAAUUACCAGUAUACAGAUCUCAUGCUGAUUCCAUAGUUCUUACCAAUAGCAGCCCUCUCUCAAUGUCUUGGAAGUUAGAUGGUCUAGAAGUUCUGGGAAGUGAGUUUAUUGUGCCCAUUCCAGAAGGCAUCAUCAACAGUUUCUCCACAUAUGCAGUAAAAAUCUUCUUUAGAGCUUUAGCUCCAGUUAUAGUCUCCAAGAAACAAAUUAAAUUGGAGAGAAAGCUAGCAGGAGUUGUCUGCAUUUUUCUGGACUUUCAAAAUUUGGUUUUCUCCUGCUUAAUUCCUACCUGCCUUUUGGAGUUAGCUGUAAGGACUCAGGUUAGUGAUCCUGAAGGUUUGCUAGGAGUGCUUCACACAGAAUCUAUACUUGUACAAGCAGAAGCUUUUGAUUUGGUAGUGGAUAUCUCUUUCACAAAAGGUAAAGAUAUCUUAAAGUUCUUAGUAGAUGUUUUUGAUUUGGUGUUGGAUAUUUCUUUCACAAAAGGUAAAGAUAUUUUAAAGUUCUUAGUAGAUGUUUUUGAUUUGGUGUUGGAUAUUUCUUUCACAAAAGGUAAAGAUAUUUUAAAGUUCUUAGUAGAUGUUUUUGAUUUGGUGUUGGAUAUUUCAUUCACAAAAGGUAAAGAUAUUUUAAAAUUAUUAGUAGAAGUUUUUGAUUUGGUAGUGGAUAUCUCCUUCACGAAAGGUAUGCAUGAUGAUAUGAAUUUUGGAAUAGUUCGUGUUGGAGAAGAGAACAAGAUUUCUUGUUCUUUAAAGAAUCGUAGCAAACAUGAAACUACCUUCAGCUUUAUUAUUCAACAGCCAGCAGAAGUUAAAUUACCAGAUUUAUCUAAAAUAUUAACAGUAGUGCCCAGUAAAGGAGUUAUUCCAGCCACUGAAAAACCUCUUACAGUCCAGGUUGUCUUCUGCAGCAAAGAAGAGCUGAUAAUAUCUGACCUACCUGUAUUAAUUUGUUAUAUUGGUGAGGUUGCAGACAAUGGAAGCUCUGCUACAUCUGUCUCUUCAGGGGUGAUUACCUUCCCUAUUCAUGUUACAGCUGAAGCAACCUUCAGUCAUUUCAGAUUUCUUCCAUCUGAUGAACUGAAUCUUGGAAGUCUUCCUGUAGGAACAAAGAGAAACAACACUAUUAAUUUAGAAAACACUGGAAUAUUUGAGUUUAACUUCAACAUUUGUGAGCAAAACAAGGAAGAGUCGGGUGGUUUAAAUAUAAACAUACUUCCUUCAAAACGAACUACAACCAAGAAUGUCAAGAUGGAUGAUUCUUUCCUGCAAACUGAAAGAUUCUCCCUGUUCCCAUCUUCUGGUGUUAUUCCACCCAAAAGUACUUGUGUUAUUACGCUGGACACUGACUUGAGCUGUAUUGGAAAUUUUAAGCUUGAUUUAACUGUGCUGAUAUCUGAUAUGAACCCUAAGAAGUAUCCUCAUGGUAUACCCUAUUCUGUGAGGGUUGAAGCAUGUUUACCAUCUCUAAACACGACUGAUAUUGAGAAGAUAUUUGAAGAAACAUACAUAUGCAAUAGUCUUCUGUCACCUGAGGUUAGUUGUCUUAAGGUGGUUUUAGAAGUGGGAAUAAGCAUAAAGCAGUUAGGAGGAAAACAAGGAGGGAGGCCCUCUGAGGUGUUUGAAAUAACUCCUGACUGCUGUACUAUCCAUCCAGGAGGUCAUACAUAUUUAACUUUGAAGUAUUCUCCCAAAAGUAUUCAGAUUCAUAAUGCCAUGUUUGAAGCUGCUGUAAACAUUUCAACACCUCAUGGUCCCAGUCUUGUAUUUGAAUUAGUAGGAGAAGGAAUUCUUCCUCGGAUUAUUUUCCUCCAACCAAGAUUGUAUGAUGAACAAAACUCACUUAUUAUGCUUUUCAAUAAAUUAAUUGUUGGUUGUUCACAGUGUCUACCCUUGGUGUUAAAAAAUACAGACCUACCCCCUGCACAGGUGAAAAUUGUAUUUGAUGAUCCUGAAGGAGCUUUCCAGCUGAAAUCAGAGACUAAGAAGGAUAUCUCAGCAGGAUCUGAUAACUUGUGGCAGCUGACUCUGUUAUCAGGAGAAGUAUUUAUAUUUCAUGUUAUUUUCACCGCCUUGUAUGACAAACACUUUGAAAGCAGUUUGGAAUUGAAUGUAAUGAAUAAUCCUUUUGAACAGCAAAAAGUUCGACUACUUGGUAAAGGUUACACUGGAAUGGUUUCUGUUGAAGUGCCAAUUAUUCCUAAGAUCAAUAAUGUUGAUGAAGGUCUUGUAACAGAUGUAAAUGUAACUCCAGCAAAUCAUCUUGUGUUCAGUAACUGUUAUGUGAACAAGACCUACAACCAAGUAAUUGUGCUUACCAAUCAAUUUUCAUCCAACCCUGUGAAGUUUGUGUGUCCACUGGCUAACCCAGAGUUGACAUUCUGGCCCCAAGAGGGAUAUCUUCUCCCACAAGCAAGAAAGAAGAUAAAUGCGACCUUCAUGUCCGAAGUACCAAUGAAUUGGACCAGGAAACUCUUAACUAUAAGCUGUGUUAUUAUGAAGGAAAGCCAAGAGACUUUUGACUGGGACACUCGUAUGGAAACCACCACUUGGAGCCCAUUACUACCUGGUGAACAAUCACAGAAUUGGGACAAUGCAACAUGUUACUCUCAAACAAGACACAAAUCAGAACCUGAGCAUACACUGUAUACAGAUUCUCCACUAGAGCUUGAUCUGUUUGUAACCAUUGUGUGUGACUGUAGUCGGUUUAGUGUAGACACUACCACUAUCAACUUUCCUGAUACUUAUCUCUUCAUGACAAGUGUCUCCAAGUUUAAUCUCCAAAACACCAGUGUUGUUCCAUUAGCAUAUCAAUGGAGUGUUGCUUUAAGUCCAGCCAAUUGUAGUGAUAAUGGUAGUUGCUCUUCUUUAACCCGGGCUGACACUAUCACCCCUUCAGUAUUGGCCUCCUCAUCCAUGAUGAGUCCUUUCUCCAUCUAUCCAUCAUCUGGUAUAAUUCCACCAGCUGAGUCAGCUGUAAUUCUUGUCAAGUUCUCUCCCACACUUGUAGCUCAUUACAAAUCUUUGGCCAAAUGCUGUGUUUCAGAAGGUGAAGGACCUGAUUUAGGAACAACAAUAGAACUGCAAGGAAAAGGAAUUCUUCCCUUUUGUCACUUUUGGUUUCCAGAUCCAGAUUUUUCCCCACUUCAAGAUUUUACACAUUUCAAAACAGAUAGUUUCUAUCCAAAAGAAACUAGAUUUCUAGCCAUUGAGAAUAUUGGAAUUGACUCUAAGUGUAUCAAAAGUUUUUAUUUAGUCAAUGUGACCAAUAAAAUCUUCAAAUUCUGUUGGAGAAAACAUAGUAUUGGGGAAUCUCCUCAGAUCUUAUGUCUCACACCCCAAGGAUCUGUGGCUCCAGGAAAAAAAUUUAAGAUUCAAUUUAAAUACCACUCACUGACAGUUGAGACACUGGAAACUCUAUGGACCUGUCACAUCCAAAGAUUUUCUGUGAACUACACAUUUGUAAUAUUGUGUAAAACUACUGAGCCAAAAGUUAUCAUUGACCCUCCUUUUUUGGAUUUUUCUUAUGUUCUGAUUGAUGAAAGGGUAUCUGCUACAGUAAACCUUGUGAAUGAUGAAAAUGUCCCUCUAACCUUCUACUUCAAUGCCAAGAAAAUGACAGAUGUGUAUACACAUGGUCUUAUCUCAAUCCAGCCAGAUAAAGGCACUUUGUCUCCCUCAUCUCAAAAAGUUGUUCUCGUUGGUUACAAGCCAGUAUCAGAAGGGUAUGUUAACCACACCCUACAGUGCUUAGUGAAAGGCAAGUCUCAGCCUCUGGCCCUAAACAUUAAAGCUAAAGGAGUGAACUUGGAUAUAUCAACAUGCGUGGCUCAGUCUUCAAAUUGUUAUGUUGUGGACUUUGGAAAAGUGGAUCUUGGAGAAAAAUCAGAAGAAACCAUCACUCUGUGGAAUAGAAGUUGUGUUGACACUACUUUCUCUUGCAGUCUUUUUGAUGUUCCAAAUGGAUAUGUGGCUCUACAAAAGCAUCAGGGAGAGCUAACAGCUAAGCAGAAGGCUGUUUUGUUUCUUACAUUUCAACCAACAAGCUGUUGCACUCUGAACCAAUCAAAACUUAGAAUUCUGAUCCUUCAGGCUGACAUGUGGACAUAUCAGUACAUCUUCAUCUGUCAUUAUAUUUUUUGCCUGGCUGUUUUAUCUCCUGAGAGUAUAUCUUAUCAACAAAAGAAAAUACCCCACUUUGUCAUUGACUUUGAAAACAUUGUUCUCUCUCCUGGAGGUUCAGCAGUAGCUCUCAUUUCUUUUAAGCCUCGGGAGAAAAAAAUAUAUAAUGACAGACUCACUUUUUCUGUUAAUGGGAUUAUUCAAAAAUCUUUUGAGGUUUGUGGAGAAGGAGUUGAACUGAAGCUAAUUGUUUGUAAACCUGAUCAUAGAGUGAUAAAUUUUGGAUCAGUCUUGAAAGGUCAGAAGUCAUCAAAGUUUGUGGAUAUUGUUAACCAAAGCUCUGCUCUACUUAAUGUAACUUUCAAACUUCGCAGUACAGAUGAGCAAUAUUCUACUGUUCCUGAGUCGUUAACUCUGUCACCAUCAAACCAGGUCUGUCUCAGGCCUGUCACUGGAGUUGUACACUUAGAGAUUACCUUCAUGCCUACAUUCAGAGUUCCUACUUUCUGUGUUGCGCUAGUAGCUGAGGUAUUAGGGAUAACCAGAGUUCUUAGUGCUAUUAGUGGAUGCUGUAAAAUAGUCCAGCUUCAGCUGCUACCAAAUGUUGUCCAGUUUGGAGCUGUAGUACAAGGAUGUCAACUUUCUUACACAUUGUUGUUUCAUAACAUUGGAGAUCUUACAUCAAGGAGAUUCUACAUCAAGAAUAUUCCUUGCCAAGUUGAAGGUGGGGAAAAUGUUUUUUUGACUUUGUUGGGAUCAUGCAUUAAACCAACUGUAAUUAGAGAAAAAUUAAGUUUCUCGGUAAAAGUUAGACAGUCAGAAACUCAGUACAUUAAACUGAUCAACCCUAUCAAUGAAAGUGUGGUGAUACAGCCUGUGUAUACUGGCCAGUGGUGGACUGGACCCAAAGAGCUCAGUUUGACCCCUCAUGGAUCUGGAGAGUACCCUAUUACCUAUUCCCCACUGAAAAUGUCAAAGGAAAGCAUUCACAAAGGUAGUAUAUUCUUUCCAUUCCCGAAUGGUGAUGGGUUCUUCACUGAACUAGAAGGUGUGUCUGAGGCUCCGGUGGUAAAUGAUGUUAUUGUCAGAAAUAUUCUUAGUAAUAAACUUCACACAGAAAAGCUGACUGUUGUCAACUGGCUCUUUGUUAAACAGAGCUUCCAUGUACAUUUUGAAUGGUACGAGAAUACCAAACUGUCAGAACAGUAUGUACAGCUGUCUGGCCAUAAGCUGAUGGAUGUUCCUGCUUGUGGCAAUGCUGAGUACAACCUACUAUUCAAGGCAUUUAAGGAAGGAACAUAUCACUUUAAGGUGGUGUUUAAGAACGAAGAAUACCAGUUUUUUGAAUUAACAUUUCUUGUUACUCCAGCACCUAUUGUGGAUGUAAUAAACUUGAACAUUACUGUUCGACAGAGAAUGGUGCACAUAGUGACUGUGAACAAUCCUCUAAAUAAGAUGGUUACAUUCACAGUUCACAGCUCUCUCUCUGAUGUUAAGCAUCCUGAGAAAGUGAUGUCUCUUCCACAGACAGAUACAACUUUACAAAUUGAAGUGUUUUGUCUGCUAUCUGGUCACCAAGAGGGAACACUUGAACUAAGGUCAUCAGAAUUAGAUCUUUAUCGUUACAAGCUUGUUCUGGAUGUGUUUCCUAGUCUUGUGGAGAGAUCUGUAAUCAUUCAGACAACUCUAGGUUCAAGUUCUACUCUACCUCUCACGUUUAAAAAUUACUAUGUACAAAAACUUGACUUUGUUUGUAAGGUUGAUAAUCAAAACUUCAUGGUAGAGAAAGUAAUUACUGCUUCUGGUAAUGGUGUGGAUUCUACUGUGAAUGUGACCUUUGAUCCCCAGCAUCAAGGAGAAACAUGUGGAAUGCUGACUGUGAGUUCUUCUAUAGGAGGAGAGUACAAGUUUAAACUAAUGGGACAAUGUGAUCCUCCAAAACCACAAGGUCCUCUCAUAAUUCAUGCAAGUAACCCAGUAACCAUCCAUUUUCGUAAUGUGUUCUCUGAUCAAAUUACUUUUUCCUUUCGAACAAGCAGCCCUCAUUUUUCAGUUUCCAAGACUACUGAAACCCUUAAGCCUCGUAAAGACACCCGACUUCAAGUUACAUUUGAUGCUCGGGCAAGUGCUUUAUCGACUUCGGUGAUGGGAAGAUUAAUUAUCACUUGUCCAGUUGCUGUGGAUGGAUCACCCAUUGAAUGGAUUUACUACCUGAAAGGAAGUGUUCUUCACACAGUCUUCCACGAAACAAGAACAGAUGUACCUCUAUCAUGACUCAGCAAAUUUUCCUCAACACUGAGAACGCUCUGUGUGCAUUCUUGUACUGAGUGUUUUCAGGCACGUGCUCAAGAGGUUGCCGAGUGACGUCACGGCCCACCAAAUCUUAGUAGGAUCGUCUUUACUCUUUAGGGUUGAUUCCCAAGUUUAGAGAACUUGGUGUUUACCUCGAGCUAAGCACGUGGCUCUCGGUUCGUAGAAUUCUGAAAUUGAGGCCAGUGAACAAGAGGUUCCUUGUUUUAUGUGAGUGGAGUCCGAGGUGAAAAUU